AUGCCUGAGCCGCUCACAGCGAAAAAGAUCGGCUUGAUGCGAAGUCAAAGCACGAGCUCUACAGCAUCUUACCCGCUGAUCCCGCAUCGCCAAUCGUCAUUGUCCGCAAGCGUGAGCGAUGGCACCAACGGGCCAGCUACAUCAACGAGAACACCAUCCCUCAGUGACAGUCUAUAUCAAAUUCAAGUUCUGAAAAUCCGGGAAAUGGGCGCGCGGGCUUCCAGAUGUUCGAAUAGUGGUGAUCUCAAUUUAUCGAAAGAUCCCUUUGUUGACGAGAUCCCGCGAUUCCUUAGCGAAGAAGAAGAACAACAGCAGAAAACGGGAAAUCGGUAUCGACCAGCCCCGCGAUUGAUAGUCCGGUGGAGCUCUGGGUCUUGGGACUGUUCAAGACCAUCUCUACCUUCAAGCUCGACAAAUUUCUCCGUGCAGUCGAGGCCACUCACUCCAAAAAUCGACGCUUCUUCAGUAAACAGUGGCCAUCAAGUCAAAACUGCUCUCUUUAGCGCCAUGGAUUUGCCAGUUGCCUUUGUUAACGUGGUAUCGACAAUUAACAGAGCGCAUAUUGGCAUGGACCCUAUAUCUUUAUGGGCAACUGUGCAAGUCUCUGCUGACGUCAACUCAAUUCCGUUCCCGGGGAUUUCGGGGCUUGCAUCCUUGGACAUUAUCAUUCUUCUUGACAGUUUAUCUCAGCACUCGCAAAUUACCUUGGGGUCCUCUGUAUUAGCAUUCAAUCUGGUUCAUAACCAUGACCGGGUUGCCUUGACAUAUAUAAAAAGUGAUGCACAGCACGGCUUCGAAGUGUUGCUGCCUCUGGGAUUCCAUUCGUUUGACACUGUCCGAUCUUCACUGAACAAAUAUUCCCGGCGUCAGCAUCUUACCACACAGGGGUCAGCUUCAGACCUUGGGGACUCUAUUCAGCAGGUCACCAGAAUGUUCGAAACUUCACCAAGAACUGCUUUCUGUCAUGUAUUCUUUGUUUCCGCCACACCACCAGAUCAUCUGUCGAUCCCAUGGAUUGACCCCGCCAUCGGCUUUCACACCAUUACUCCGCAGGCCUGUCUACCCUUGACUCACACAAACAUUCACAUCGGUUGGCAUAUUCAUUACGAUGUCGGUACUGGGGAUGCGCGUCCAAAGGAAUCAUAUUUUAUACGCAAAGUCUCCAGAGUCAUCCGGCAGCUCCGCACCGGCAUACGUACUGGUUCUAUACUCGAUCCGAAACUUUCUGUGGCCCCUGUUGGUGGAUGUCUAAUCGGGACCGUUAUAGAUAGCGCCCGACUCACGUCCCUUCGUCCCGGUGAGACCUGGGUAGUCCCAGUCCAAAUUUCUUUGCCAACUGCCUUCCAGCAAACCUUGCCUCUUGCUGAAUCGCCUGUCCACUCCCCUGUUUUCAAGGACUUGCUUGCUCAGAUCAACGAGCUUCUGCAAGAGUAUGCUGGGGAGAUCACUCAGCCUGUCUUAACCGCUCAUGUCGAAUAUCGGCAUUCGCUAUUCCCAUCCCCCAACAAAAUUCAUGUGGAAACUCAUCUUACUGUUAUCCGAACGCAAGAUGAGCACCAAUCUGGAAAAGAAAACACCGUGAUCAUUGACCAAGGCGAGGAGCCGAAUCUUUUUUGA